GGCGUGGUAUCUAUCAGAGACGCAGGACCGGGUGCAGUAAAUGCCUUACCCUGAUGUUCCAAAUUCCAUUUGGUGUCAUUGUUAUGCUGCCACCAUGGAUGAAGAAUCAGCUACGGAUUUUGAACUGCUUCUUUCUCCUUCUAUCUUGGAUGUUCGUCAUAGCUCAGUUGGGAUGGAUAUUGAGCAGAAGACAGUUUUUGCCUUUGUCAUCUUCCUACUGGUCUUCUUGGUCAUUCUUAUGGUACGCUGCUUUCGAAUACUACUGGACCCCUAUAGCAGAAUGCCAGCCUCUUCCUGGAAUGACCAUAAAGAAGGUCUCGAGAGAAGCCAGUUUGGUUAUGCCUUAGUGUAGAAUAAC